CCUGCGCGGCGCAGCCGGAGGCGACCGGCUGGCGAUGGGGAGGCGGGCGCAGUCGACCCAAGGGUGGAGAAGUGGGAAGGCGAAGGACGCGCGUUCCCGGGCUCGUGACCGCCGGCAGCCAAGGGAACUGGCGCCCGGACAGCCUGGGAGAGAUGGCAGGAGUCAGAGACCUGCACGUCGUGGGCACACUCCACCUGCUGUUGCUGGUGGCCGCCCUGCCCUUGGCAGCGGGGGAGAUCAGUCGUGGAGUCGCAGACUGGACCGACGAGAAGAAUCAUCACCAACCAGCCAUUUUGAAUUCAUCAUCUCUUCAGCAAGUUGCAGAAGGCACCCGUAUUGCUGAAAUGUGGCAAAAUGACCUGCGGCCAUUGUUGAGAGAGAGAUACCCAGGAUCCCCCGGAAGCUUUGCUGCUCGUCAGCACAUCAUGCAGCGAAUUCAGAGACUUAAGGCCGACUGGGUCUUGGAAGUAGACACCUUCUUGAGUCAGACGCCUUAUGGGUACCGGUCUUUCUCAAAUAUCAUCAGUACUCUCAAUCCCACUGCGAAACGACACCUGGUCCUGGCCUGCCAUUACGACUCCAAGUAUUUUAAUCAUUGGGACAAUAGAGUGUUUGUGGGAGCCACAGAUUCAGCCGUGCCAUGCGCAAUGAUGUUGGAACUCGCCCGUGCCUUAGACCAGCAACUCCUUUCCUUGAAGAAUGUCUCAGACUCCGAGCCAGAUCUCUCACUCCAGCUCAUUUUCUUUGAUGGGGAAGAGGCUUUUCUUCACUGGUCUUCCCAAGAUUCUCUUUACGGAUCUCGACACUUAGCUGCAAAGAUGGUAUCCACCCCGCAUCCCCCCGGAGCAAGACACACCCACCAGCUGCAUGGCAUGGACUUAUUGGUCUUAUUGGAUUUAAUUGGAGCCCCUAACCCAGCAUUUCACAAUUUUUUCCCAAACACUGCUAGAUGGUUUUAUAGACUUCAAGAGAUUGAACGGGAACUUCAUGAAUUGGGUCUGCUCAAGGAUCAUUCUUCAGAGAGGCAGUAUUUCCAGAAUUACGGUUAUAGAGGUGCAGUACAGGAUGACCAUAUUCCAUUUUUAAGAAGAGGUGUUCCAGUUCUGCUUCUGAUACCAUUUCCAUUCCCUGAUGUCUGGCACACCAUGGAUGACAAUGAAGAGAAUUUGGAUGAAUCAACCAUUGACAAUUUAAACAAAAUCAUACAAGUCUUUGUGUUGGAAUAUCUUCAUUUGUAACAUUCUGAUUUAGUUGAUGGUGCUUGCUUAUAGCAUCAAAUUCAAAAGUCAAGGCAUCAUUUAAAAUAAUCUGAUUCUAGACAAAUGCUGUGUGGAAACUUCUAUCCUAGAUUCAGUCUGUGGAUGUCUUUGAAUAUGAGAUCAAUGGUACCAAUGAUUAUUUUGUG